CCGACACCCAUUGCACACAAUCCCUUGACUCUACUGGAUCCGGCCUAUACGGUGAGAUCGUAUUCAUCAUGCCGGAAAGGGUGCGCACGGUCUUCGCAGACUCCGACGACGAAGGGCCCGUCGCGAAAAAACAGCAGCCCGUCGACACGAAACCGAUCCCCGACGCCGAACCUGCGAAACGAAAAUCCCCUAGCAACGAAGAGGACAAGAAGAAGCCCAAAAAUAAGAAGCGAAAACAUGAUCAGCCCCGCCAAGAUCAGCCUCAACACUCGACCGCCUCGGACGAGCCCCGCGCACCACCAUCACGAACCUCCGACGAGAGGGCCGCAGCCAGAGCCGCAGCUGGCAGUGGGCCUGGAAAGCCGAAACAAAAAUCCCAAAAGCACAAGGCGAAUCAGACCCAGAAGCCGUUCAAGGAUACCAAGCGAGACCUGGGGCCGCUGAGAGAAAAAGCCAAGGCGCUCUAUGAGAUCCGCAAAAACCUCCCCAUCUUCCCGCACGGCGACGAGAUCCGAGAAUAUCUGCGCCAGAACGACGUGAUGCUGCUGAUUGGUGAGACGGGUAGCGGAAAGAGUACGCAGAUUCCUCAGUUCUUGGUGGAUGAGCAGUGGUGUCGGCCGACAAAGGCAAGCAUCUCCAACGAGGAUGGUUCGCAGAAGGAAGUGGAAGUGGGCGGGUGCAUCGCCAUCACGCAACCCAGACGAGUUGCAGCGAUCUCGUUGGCAAGACGUGUGGCGGAGGAAAUGGGAACUCCGCUUGGUUCUUCCUCUCCGGCGAGUAAAGUCGGGUACUCGGUUCGAUUCGAUACGUCUACGUCGCCGAGUACGAGGGUCAAGUUCCUUACGGAGGGAAUGCUGUUGCAGGAGAUGCUGCGGGAUCCGUGGCUGACCAAAUACAGUGCGAUUGUGGUCGAUGAAGUACACGAACGUGGGGUCAAUGUUGAUCUUGUAUUGGGGUUCUUGAGAAACAUGGUCUCCGGGAAGCGCGGUGGACGAGGCGGAGUGCCAUUGAAGGUGGUCGUGAUGAGUGCCACGGCCGACAUGGAAAGUCUCCUUGGGUUUUUCAAGGAAGGAUAUCAGGGCCAGCGCGCGAUUGAGCAGAGCUCGGGGAACACGCAGACCGACGCCUCGGAAAAGAAGAGCCAUGAUGACAUCGCUGUCUGUCACAUCAAAGGCCGUCAAUUCCCUGUCAAGACCAUCUACUCUCCGGAGCCGGUGCAUGACUUUGUCGAUGCAGCCCUCAAGGUCAUUUUCCAAAUCCACUACAAGGAGCCUAUGCCAGGCGACAUUCUGGUCUUCCUGACCGGACAGGAGACCGUCGAAGCCCUAGAAAAGCUGGUGAACGAGUAUGCCGUCGGGAUGGAUCCUGCGCUGCCCAAAGUGCAGGUUCUGCCGCUCUUUGCAGCUCUUCCUCAGGUUGCGCAGCAGCGCGUCUUCCUGCCCGCACCGCCACGUACUCGUAAGGUCAUCCUCGCUACCAACAUCGCCGAAACCUCCGUCACGGUGUCGGGAGUGCGGUUUGUGGUCGACUGUGGAAAAGCCAAGGUUAAGCAGUUCCGCAGUCGGUUGGGACUGGAUUCCUUGUUGGUCAAGCCCAUCUCGAAAUCUGCCGCCAUCCAGCGUAAGGGUCGUGCCGGUCGAGAAGCCCCCGGUCAAUGUUAUCGACUGUUUACCGAAAGGGACUACCUCGAUCUCGACGAGGUCAACACGCCGGAGAUCCUACGAUGCGAUCUCAGCCAAGCCCUCCUCAACAUGAAAGCCCGCGGGGUCGACAACGUGAUGGCAUUCCCUUUUCUGACGAGACCGCCGCGCGAAUCCUUGGAAAAAGCUCUCCUACAGUUGUUGAGCAUCGAGGCGCUAGAUGACUCGGGCGAGAUCAGCGAAAUCGGCGAACACAUCGCCAAACUUCCCCUGACCCCGACGCUGGGUCGUGUUCUUCUAGCGGCGUCGGAACAUGGCGCCGACUGCCUGCUAGACGUAAUCGACAUCAUCUCCUGUCUGAGCGUCGAGACCAUCUUCCUAAACACGACGUCGGAGGAGAAGAAAGAAGAGGCCGAGCAGGCCCGGCGCGAUCUCUACCGGAGAGAAGGUGACCAUCUCACCAUGCUAGCCACCGUACAGGCCUACGCGGCGGAGAAUACGAACCGAAAGUCAUGGGCUGAGCGACACAUGGUGUCGCACCGGGCCAUGCAGUCCGUGAUGGACGUCCGCAAACAACUCACCACCCAAUGCCGACAAGCCAAACUCCUCCCCGCCCAGAACGAGCGUGAGACCAACAACUCGGUCAUCCGCGACCCGUCCCCCGAUCUCAUCCUCAAGAGCUUCCUGCGCGGCUUUUCCACCAACACGGCGCGCCUCGUGCCCGACGGCAGCUACCGCACCGUGGCCGGGAACCAGACGGUGGCGAUCCACCCGUCUAGCGUCCUCUUCGGCAAGAAGGUCGAGGCCAUCCUGUACAAUGAGUUCGUGUUCACGAAUCGGAGUUACGCCCGCGGCGUCAGCGUGGUGCAGAUGGACUGGGUCGGAGAGGCUUUGGGGGGCUAGGUUGUCCUUCGUCUGUUUUGUAUUGUUAAUGUGAUAUAGAGUAGAUUUAGACUAUAUACCCAAUGUUCAAGUGCUGC